CUAGGCUUUUCGCAUUUUCAUUCUACUUAGACUAUUGGAUUAUUCUACCUCAAAAUGUGUUGCCUCGCCAUUUUUUUUGUAACAACAUCUUUGUGUAAUGUUUAAAAACACGAAUCAAUGAUAGAACAGACCAACUGGGUUCAUGCCAACAUUUCACUGGCAGUUUUAGCGGCAGUGCGUGCAAGUCAAUGCAAGAUCAACCAGCGAUGGUCCUGCAUUUUUCACAAAAAUACAUUACAAAUGCAAAUAACUGAUUUUGAAAAUAAAAAAAAUAAACCCCAUAACCCUCACGUUGAUGUUCAAUAAUCAAGGCGGACACUUGUGCAUCACAUAAUGUGAGUGGCAGACCAUAAAACACUUGAAAGAUUAUUAUCAACACAGUAGUUAUUGAACAAUCAACAUAUUGCAUGACGCUUACCAUAUUCACUUUGAAAAUGAUCCUCAAGCUCCAGCUGGAAUUGUUUGUGUCGCCAUUUUAAAAUUUGGCACGCGAUCAACAAAACAAAGGAUGCCCCUCCUCAGCGACCAUAGCCUUUUGGAUCUUCAGGUUGCCCCUAGCCUUUUGUUUUCUUAGAAAGGCCAGGUUGGGCCGGAGAAUUAUUUCCGGUUUCGCUAGCACUAGCACUGGCAGCUAGGGAAAAACAACCAAAAGAGUGGUCCGGUGAACGCGAAACUGAUGUUGCUGGCAAAAUGGGGAAGAAGUUUAUUUUUCUGUUAUCUUUGUUGGUUACUUUAUCAAAUGAAUUCAGGCAAGCACUAGGAGAAAAGGUUGAUAACCUGUCAUGUAUUGGGGAUGAUGGUUCUGCAGUAGACUGGUUCAUUGCAUACAAGCUACCACGAAAGUCUGAUGUCCCAGUAGAACGUGGUUAUGGAUAUGCAUACUUGGAUGCCAAAUCAAAUGGCUUUAAACUUUCAAACUUCUCUGUUGCGGACACAAAAAGUGCCAUGGGAGCGACCAUGCAGCAAGUCUACUCGAAUGCCAAAACACACGAAGAUGACAUGACAUAUGUUUUCUACAAUGAUGCAGACCCUGAAGGAAAGGAAUAUUCCUAUCAUGGUCAUUCUAAAGGUGACUUUGCAUUUGGUGAAAGCAGUGGAUUUUGGCUGAUUCACAGUGUCCCAAAGUAUCCAAAUUUCAUUCAUGAUGGGUAUGGUUAUCCCCAAAGUGGAGCCUAUUAUGGACAAAUGUUUUUGUGUGUUACCUUCAGUUCAUCACAAUUUGAUUCUGUUGGAAUGCAGUUGAGAUAUGCUGAUCCUCAUGUCCAGGAUUCUAAUCUUCCAAGAUCACUGACUCAUCAGUUCCCUAAUAUUAAUGCUUUGCUACAAGAUGAUGUCAUCACAGGGGUACCAUAUAGCCAUACAGUGCGUCUUGUGUCAAUUGCUGGCUCAGGAUUUACUCAUUUCUCAAAGAACAAGAAUUUUGGGAAAGACUUGUACCAUGAAUUGGUUGCCCCAUCCUUGAAGUGUAAUCUUCUGACUGAAACAUGGCAACAUGGCUCAAGCAAAAUCGGUCCAUCGUGUGAUGGUUUCACUGUAGAAGAUAUAACCAGAAUAAAAGUUGAUACAGAAGAUAAGGAAUUUGAAUUUAGCAACUAUGCUGACCAUUCAAAGUUUGCUGUGGCAAAAUCAGACAGUUUUUAUGUUUGUAUUGGAGAUAUCAACAGGAUGGAAACCCAGUUCAAGAGGGGAGGUGGGACUCUUUGUACCAGCAACAAGUACAUAUGGACACAUUUCAAAAAACUAGCAGAAGAGAUCAACAGUUGUGACAGUGAAUGGAAUACAGAACCAGUUGUUAUUCACCAAUACCUUUAAACUUUCUGGAUUAAAUUGGAUUUGUUUAGUACAUUUUGUUUUAUCAUUUAAGCAGAAGAAUCAUAUUUUACCAAAAUGCAUUAAUGUUCCAGAUAUUUAAUUGAUUUUAGAUGUAGGGGAUUGACUUAAGCAGUUAUGUCAAUCAACAAGCAUAUUUUUUAUUUUUUCAAAAUGCCAAUUUAGGAUUCAAAAUCUCGAUUUUUUAUGCAUGAUUUCGCAAAAAAAGAUUUCUAUGUGAGGCAUGAAACAUAAGUUUUCCUUCCGUUAUGUAGUGAAAAGGCUUUAACUAUCCUUGAAUUCUUGAAUGAAAUUUUGAAUGAUAAUUUAGAAAUUCUAAACCCAUUGCAUACUUCCUUUAUAACAGUGUACUAAUUGAGAAGGAAUACAAUGGACAGCUCCCCCCCCCCCCAAUAUGAAUUUUGUUCCAACAGCAUUGUAGCCCCAAACAUAGCCUGAAAUGUUUAUAGUGGAGUAUUGAAAUUGACCCAAUUAAUAAAAAAUUAAUGCAUACUAAAUUCAAGCAGAAGCAUUAUUUAGUUGACUGGAAGUCAUAAAAAACCUUCAAUUUCCUGAAAUCGGACUUACAUCCAAAUGCAACUUGUUCACUUUCAACUCUUUAAAAUCUUAAAAAAUUCUGGUUUUGAGAAAGCAUUUUGUUAACAUAUUGUGAAUAAAAAUGGAAAAAUCAUUCAUUCUUACCAAGUUCCUUUUAAA